AUGCAUUCAAGUGAAUUUAACGCUUAUUCUUUUCCCCCAACUGAUAAAGUGAAAUCAAAGGAAAUUAGCAUAACUGAAGAAACAGGGAGAGUUAUCUGUCAAAAUACUGACAACGUUCUUAAAGACUCUUCAGCAGACAAGAGCACCAAUGAUAGUGGAUUUUCCCCAAUAAAAGCAGAUGCUUUAGGAAGUACUGAGGAUGCCAGAGAAUCAGGGGAUGGGAGUGAAGUGCUACCUGUUGGGAGUCAUACCACUGAGGUUUCUUCUGCAAUUCUGAGCACCAUAGGGGCUGACUUGAAUUAUGGUGCCCAGAAAGAACCUGAGAUGCCAAAAAACCCAAAGGGAGAAAAUUUCAUGGCCAGUGAGACUUCUUCCCUUGGAAAUGGUUUCAAUAAGCAGAUGCCCACGGAGUCAUUACGAAAGGAAAUGGAACCCUGCAAAGAUUUUCAAGUGAAGGAAGAUAUUUCACAAUUGUCAGAAAUGACUGACACACUCAUGGAAGACUUAAAGAAUAUAUUACAAAGGAAAUUGAAAACGGGACAUGUUUACUGCAAGCAGGAGGGUGAACCCCUAAGUUACUCUGAUACCAAAAUUUUAAUGCAAAAUUUACUCACAAUGGUUAGAAGCACACAGCUUGGGACUGACUCGUCUAGUGGGUCAAACCUCAAGCAAAUAAGCAAUGCUGUCAGAACUGCAUCAAUGGUUACCGCACCAUGUACAGAGCCAAAGGACAGUGAUACUCUUUCAUUGCUUUGGCCUGAUUGCAGAAGUCCUGAUCUUCUUCGUGAUAUUCUGAAGCAGGAAUCUUGCAAGCAACAGAUGGAUGAUCCAGAUGAAAGGAAGAAUGAAACAGAUGUGAAAGCUCCUAUUCCAAAACUUCCUACCUCUCAACUUCUGGAGAUUUUUCAAAUCUCACCUGGAGAUGAAAGUGCAAGCAAAUUAGAGGAGAUGAUAAGUGGUUUGCUUAUGAGCUCACAGGUUGCUGGUAUCACAACAGAACGAGAGGGUAAAGACAAAGUAGAUAGGCUUUGUACCCUUUUCUCAGCAGAACAAUUGGAGUUUGGAUCAGAAAUUGCUAAAGAGAAAACACUGGCAGACGAUGCAGCCAUUGCUUGGAAAAGUGACCAGGAGCAUGGGAAGACAGACAGCUUGUCCAAAGGCUUUACUGAGCCUGUUUUCAAAACAAAAGAAGUGGUCCUGGAAGACACCCCCACUAACAUGGUCGAUGGAGUACAGCAAUGUUUAAAGUUAACAGAGAAAAUGCGAGGACAUUUGGCAGUGAUUCAAGAUAUGAAAAGCCACCUAGAUAACCAGCAGCCCAUUAGUAACAACCUGGAAAUACUAAAAGAUGAACUGGAACAACUAGAGUCAUUUGAAUCAGGAUUGGCUACCUUUGCCGUUAUCCUAAAAAAGGACAUGAAGUUGACAGAAGAGUUUUUAAAGUUCUGUCACAGGGAUAUUCCUGAAGAGAAACUUAAAGAGCUAAAGAUAAGCUAUGACUGUUUGCAGGAAGCAUUUUUGGUGGUUUGUGAUACAUCUUCGAAACGAGCAAAACAAAUAGUCUGUGCUGUUGGCUCGGAAAUGUCUAAGCUUGCAGUAUUACACCAGCAACUUUUAAGCAAGCUGCAGACAUUUUCAGACUGGAUCACAGAAAACAGUAAAAUCGUGAAUGACUUCAUAGUGAAUACUAAUGAUACAGAAGAGAUGAAGAAGAGUUUACAGCUACUUAAAAACAGUGCUGCGGAGCUCAGCUGUAAAAAAAUGCAACUGGAGUCCACUGCGUUUGAUGUUCAGUUCUUCAUUUCUGAACAUGCCCAAGAUCUUUCUCCUAAUCAGAGCAAACAGCUGCUGAGGCUCUUAAAUACCACCCAGAAAUCUUUUCAGGAAGUACAGGAAGCAAUAACGUCUCGAGUGAAAAGUUUAGAGACUCAGUUACAGGCAGCGCAAGAGCUGGGUGAUCAGAAGGAUGUGGCUGAACGGCAGCAGGGAUGCAAAGAGAAACUGCAGGAAAUCUGUGAUUUGCUUACGCAGACUGAAAAUCGCCUCAUUGGACAGCAAGAGUCUCUUGUUAUUGGAGACAGCAAGGCUGAGCUAGAACAAUACCAGACCAAACAGGAGGAGAUACAAAAAGACAUGAGAAUGAGUGCCCAGACACUGGCAGAGAUUGUGAAAAAUACUGAAACCUUCUUGAAAGAGAAUGGAGAAAAGUUGUCGCAAGAAGACAAGACUAUUCUUGAACAGAAACUGAAUGAAGCUAAGACGAAAUGUUUGCUCCUUAGCCAGAAGGCAGAAGAGUCCAAAAAAGAAUUGGAUAAAGCUAUGACAACAGCAAUUAAGCAAGAAACAGAAAAGGUUGCAGCCAUAGAACAGCUGGAAGAAAGUAAAAAUACAAUAGAAAAUCUCUUGGAUUGGUUAUCAAAUGUGGAUAAAGAAGCGGAGCAUGGCCGGAAAUAUAAGCAGGCGAUAGAACAGAAUGGAACACACUUUGAAGAGGGAGAUGUGAAGACUUUGGAGGGAGAGGAGGAUGAUGUCAAUGGUAAUCUGCUGGAAAUUCAGCAAGACAUGGAAACUCGGGUGGAUGGACUAGUAAAGAGCACAGAAGAUAAUUUGAACCAGCAGUAUCAGAAAGUCAAGGCUCAGCAUGAGAAAAUUAUUUCGCAGCAGCAGGCUGUCAUAAUAGCAACUCAGUCUGCUCAGGCACUGCUUGAGAAACAAGGGCACUACCUUUCCCCUGAAGAAAAAGACAAGAUGCAAAGGAACAUGAAAGAGCUGAAGGCUCAGUAUGAGGCUGCUUUAGCUGAAUCAGAACGGAAAAUGAAGUUGACUCAUUCUCUAAGAGAGGAACUUGAAAAAUUUGAUGCAGACUAUAGUGAAUUUGAGACCUGGCUGCAGCAGGCAGAACAAGAACUUGACAAUUUGGAGGCAGGUGCUUCUGACUUCAGUGGUAUUAUGGUCAAACUGAAAAGGCAGAAGAGUUUUUCAGAAGAUGUUAUAUCUCACAAAGGUGACUUACGGUAUAUUACAAUUUCUGGACAAAGAGUUUUAGAUGCUGCAAGGUCAUGUAGCAAAAGAGAUGGUGUGAAGGUCGACAAAGAUGGUAUUGAUACUUCGGCUACACAUGCUGAAGUGCAGAAUAAGCUGGAUAGUGCUUCAGAUCGUUUCAAAUCUCUCUAUACUAAGUGUAGCAUCCUUGGAAAUAACCUUAAAGACCUGGUGGAUAAAUACCAGCAUUAUGAAGAUGCCUCAUCUGGACUUUUGUCAGGUCUCCAGGCCUCUGAAAUAGCUGUGAACAAACAACUAUCGGAGCCAAUUGCAGUGGAUCCCAAAAAUCUCCAAAGACAACUAGAAGAAACCAAGGUUCUUCAGGGACAAGUGUCUAACCACCAAAUUGCAGUAGAAAAAUUGAAAAAAGCUGCUGAAGUGUUACUGGAUACAAGGGGAGAGCUGACACCAGACAAAGAUGAGAUUCAGAAAACACUGGAUGAUAUUGUGGAAAGGUAUGACAAUUUAUCCAAGUCUGUGAAUGAAAGGAAUGAGAAGCUCCAAAUAACUCUGACACGAUCCCUAAGUGUGCAGGAUGGUUUGGAUGAAAUGCUGGAUUGGAUGGAAGGUGUUGAAAAGAGCCUUGAAGAACAAGAUCAAGUGCCUUUGAAUUCUGCUGCUAUUCAGGAUAUUAUUAGUAAAAGCAUUAUGCUAGAACAAGACAUUGCGGGUCGCCAAAGCAGUAUAAACACUAUGAAUGAAAAAGUGAAGAAGUUCACAGAAACAGCAGACUCAUCCACUGCAUCCACACUGCAAGCUAAAAUGAGUGAACUUGCGGGACGGUUUUCUGAAGCAAGUAACAAGCAUAAAGAGAAGCUUAUGAAAAUGGAAGAGUUGAAGACUAAAGUGGAGUUAUUUGAAAAUCUGUCGGAAAAACUUCAGUCAUUUCUAGAUGAGAAAAACCAGGCACUCAGUGAGACGGAGGCACCAAGAAAGGAUGUUAGUGAAGUGUCUCAAUAUAUGCAGGAAGCUAGUGUGGAAUUGGCACAACAUAAGAAAGAUCUGGAAAUUUUGCAGCAGCUUCUUGAAGAACUUUCGUUCCAUGCUCUUCCUGGAGAUAAAGCAUUGGUACUAGAAAAAGUAAAUGCUUUGUCAAAGAAAUUCAGAGAGGUAGAGGAGACUGUAAAGGAAAAGGAAGAGGAUGUAUCAUCUUGUCAGAAACAAAUGGAUACUUUCGAGCUCCUUGUAGAAUCAUUAAAGAAAUGGAUAAAAGAGACGACAGAACGAAUUCCAGCAGUGCAACCGUCUCUGAAUACAGAGGAGUUAAAGAAGCCUUUGGAAGAUACAUUGAAUUUAAAAGAUGAAUGGACAUUAAAAGCACCUGAACUGCAGAAAAUGAAUAGCAAAGGAACGUUGCUGUGUAAUCUAAUUACUGCUGUGACUUCUCCUGCCAAAGUGAGAGCAGUUGCAAAAUCAGGUGGCACAAUGUUAAAUGGUGAAGGAGGAGCUCCAGGAACUCAGGAUUUCCUGAAAAAUAAAGAACUGACAAUGGUUCAACAAGCCAUGUCUGAUGUAAAUCACAGUUAUGAAGAUCUGGGAGUUUUAUUGAAGGAAAAGAUUUCAGAGCUAGAAAGUAUGCUUUCAAAAAUGCAGAAUAUUCAGGAAGAAUCGACCUCAAUGAUGCAGUGGUUGCAAAAAAUGGACAAAACUGCGUCAGAUUGGGAAGCCACUCCAACUGAUAGUGAAGCGGUUAAAGCCCAAGUUGAGCAACAUAAGCUUUUUGAAAGUGAAUUAAAGCAAAGUGCGAAUAAAGUGCAGGAACUAAAGGACAAAGUGACAGAGCUGUUGGAGAAGAACCCUGACUCUCCUGAGGCACCCAAGUGGAGACAAAUGUUGGAUAAAAUAGAUUCCAAAUGGAAAGAGCUCAAUCAAGUUACAUCUGAGAGACAACAAAAACUGGAGGAGUCUUCAAAUUACCUGACCCAGUUCCAGACAGCAGAAGCUCAGUUAAAGCACUGGCUUGUAGAAAAGGAGCUAAUGGUCAGCGUGCUGGGACCACUAUCAAUUGAUCCUAAUAUGCUGAAUACACAAAAGCAACAGGUUCAGAUUCUGCUCAAAGAGUUUGACACGAGAAAGCCACAAUACGAGCAGUUAACUAUGGCUGGUGAAGGGAUUCUGAAGAGACCCGGUGAACAUUCACCUUCCCAUGAAAUUGUAAAAGAGCAACUGGCAGCUGUGGCACAAAAAUGGGACAGUCUAACUGGCCAACUGAGGAACAGAUGUGACCGAAUUGACCAAGCCAUUGUGAAGAGCACAGAGUAUCAAAAUCUACUCAGAAGUCUGUCUGAUAAGCUAAGUGCCUUGGAUAGCAAACUGAGCAGCAGCCUGGCUGUGAGUACGCAACCUGAUGCUGUGAAACAACAACUGGAAAUUGCUAGAGAAAUGAAAGAGGAAAUAGAACGGGAAAUGAAGAAUAUAAAUGCAGCUCAAGCUCUUUGUGAAGAGCUGUCAACACUGGUUGGAGAAGAGUAUUUGAAAGCAGAACUUACGAGACAGUUAGAUGGCAUCUUAAAAUCAUUUAAGGAUCUUGAGCAAAAAUCAGAUAACCAUAUUCAGCAGCUUCAGUCGGCAUAUGCUGCUUCUCAUCAGUUCCAGCAAAUGUCUAAGGACUUUCAGGCCUGGCUAGGCAAAAAGAAAGAAGAGCUGAACCAGGCUCGUCCUAUAUCAGCCAAACUCGAUGCCUUGCAAUCACUAAUUGAAGAACAGAAAGAUUUUAAGAAGACCAUGACUGAUCAGAUUAGUUCAUAUGAAAGAAUUGUUGCAGAAGGAGAAAGUAUCUUACAGAAGACUCAAGGAGCUGACAAAGCAGCACUGCAAUCCCAAAUUGCCACACUCAGAAGUAACUGGGAUGAAAUGAAUAAGCAGGUAAAAGAAAGGCAAGAUAAAUUAGCAGAUUGUCUGGAGAAAGCCCUUAAAUACAAGCAGCAUGUAGAAAAUCUGCAGCCAUGGAUAGAGAAAUGCCAAAGCAGCCUAUGCGAAUUAAAAGUUGGCAUAAACCCUGUUGAAAUAGAGAAUUCUAUUGUUCAGGUGAAGGCCUGGCAGAAGGACUUGGAUAAACACCAUGGGAUGGUGGAGCUAUUAAAUAAUACUGCUGAAAGUUUGCUCAGUGCAAGUCAAACAGAUAAAGAAAUUAUUCAAGAAGAAACUAAGGUGCUGAAUCAGAAAGUGAAUGUGGUCACAGAACAAUUACAUAAGAAGAGAGAGUGCUUGGAAAAUAUGGCCCAAAGGCUGAAGCAGUUUCAGGAAUCAUCCAGGGAAACUGAAAAACAGCUUAAAAGUGCCAAAGAGCAUCUGGAAGCUCACGACUCGCUUGGACCUCAGUCAUUCAGUAACAAACACCUGACGAUGAUGCAGGCCCAGCAGAAAGCCUUGCAGGCUUUAAAGCCUCAUGUUGAUUCAGCGAAAAAGCUUGCCCAAGACCUGGUGGUAGAAGCUUCUGAUUCAGCAGGUGUUUCUGACCUUUUGCUCCAUGCUGAAUCUUUGGAGCAAGAAUACACUGCAGUGAACCAGCAGGUUGAAGACAGGUGCUCGUUCUUAGAGACAAAACUUCAGGGAAUUGGCCAUUUCCAAAACAGCAUCCGAGAGAUGUUCUCUCAGUUUGCGGAGUUUGAUGAUGAACUUGAUAGCAUGGCUCCUGUAGGGAGAGAUCUCAAGGUACUGCAGUCACAGAGAGAGGACAUAAAACGUUUCCUGAAAAAGCUGGAGGAACUUAUAAUGAAUAAUGAAAAUGCUAAUAAAAACUGUAAAAUUAUGCUAGCCACAGAAGCUGAAGCUUCUCCGGAUCUUGUUGGUAUAAAAAGAGACUUGGAAGCUUUAAAUAAACAGUGUAAUAAGCUACUAGACAGAGCGAAAGCCAGGGAAGAUCAAGUGGAGGGUACUAUUCGCCGUGUUGAGGAGUUUUACAGUAAGCUAGAGGAAUUUUCCAGUCUGCUUGGGAGAGCCGAAGAACAUGAAGAGUCACAAGGUCCUGUUGGAAUGGAAACAGAGACUAUUAAUCAGCAGCUGGAUACAUUCAAGGUAUUCCAGAAGGAAGAAAUUGAACCACUGCAAGUAAAACAACAGGAGGUAAAUUGGUUGGGUCAAGGCCUUAUUCAAAGUGCUGCUAAAAGUACCAACACAGAAAACCUUGAACAUGACCUUGAAGAUGUCAACACCCGAUGGAAGACUCUUAAUAAGAAGGUUGCCCAGCGUGCUGCACAAUUGCAGGAAGCCCUCCUUCACUGUGGGAGAUUUCAGGAUGCCCUUGAAUCUCUGCUUAGCUGGCUCAUUGACACAGAAGACCUUGUGGCUAAUCAGAAACCACCAUCUGCUGAAUUCAAAGUUGUGAAGGCCCAAAUACAAGAACAGAAACUUCUCCAGAGGUUGCUGGAUGACCGCAAGCCUACCGUUGAGGUAAUCAAGCGCGAAGGGGAGAAAAUUGCAGAGUCAGCAGAACCUGCUGAUAGAGUGAAAAUCUUGAAACAGUUGAGUUUCCUGGAUAGUCGAUGGGAUGCAUUGCUCAGUAAAGCUGAAACAAGGAACCGUCAGUUGGAAGGCAUCUUGGUGGUAGCGCAGCAGUUCCAUGAAGCUCUGGAGCCGCUGGUGGAGUGGCUGACUGCCACAGAGAAGAGGCUUGCAAAUGCAGAACCCAUUGGAACUCAGGCCUCCAAACUGCAGCAGCAAAUUUCUCAGCAUAAAGCCCUAGAAGAUGAUGUCCUAGCUCACAAUAAGAGUUUACAUCAGGCCAUUAGCACUGGUCAGUCUCUAAAGACUAUGAGCUCCAGGGAAGAUAAAGAUAUGGUGCAGGAAAAACUAGAUUCUUCUCAGGCCCGAUACAUUGAGAUUCAAGAGAAGAGCAACAGCAGGUCUGAACUUCUCCAGCAAGCCUACAGCAAUGCUCAGAUUUUUGGAGAGGACGAAGUUGAAUUGAUGAACUGGCUGAAUGAAAUCCAUGAUAAACUGAGCAAAUUGUCAGUUCAAGAUUGCAACACAGAAUUACUUGAGAAACAGCACUCUGAACUACUGGAUCUUCAGGAAGAGAUUCUUCUUAGAAAACAAAAUGUUGAUUUAGCUAUACAAAAUGGCUUAGAGCUUCUCAAGCAAACAACAGGUGAUGAAGUUGUAAUAAUUCAAGAUAAACUGGAAGGCAUUAAAGUGAGAUAUAAGGACAUUACAAAAUUGAGUUCUGAUGUAUCCAAGACCUUAGAGCGGGCUCUGCAGCUUGCAGGCCAACUGCACUCAACUCACGAGGAACUCUCUAAAUGGCUUGACGAAGUGGAGGUGGAGUUACUCUCAUAUGAAACUCAAAUACCAAAGGGUGAAGAAUUAAGCCAAGUACAAGAAAGACAAAAAGAGUUGAAAAAAGAAGCAAAGAACAACAAAGGCUUACUGGACACUCUGAAUGAAGUUGGCAGUGCCUUCCUGGAGCUGGUGCCGUGGAGGGCCAGAGAGGGGCUUGACAAGAUGAUAACAGAGGACAAUGAACGUUACAGAUUAGUGAGUGACACGAUCUCUCAGAAGGUGGAUGAGAUUGAUGCUGCCAUCCUGAGAUCCCAGCAGUUUGAUCAAGCAGCUGAUGCUGAAUUUGCCUGGAUUGCAGAAACAGAGAAGAAACUGAUGUCUCUGGGUGAUAUUAGGCUUGAGCAAGACCAGACCACGGCUCAGCUACAAGUUCAAAAGGCUUUUACCAUGGAGAUUUUGAGGCACAAAGAUACUAUAGAUGAACUUGUUAAAUCUGGGGAUAAGAUUAUGAACACGUGCACUGAAGAAGAGAAACAGACCAUGAAGAAAAAAAUGGAAAGCCUCUUACAGAAAUAUGAUGCAGUCUGUCAAAUGAACUCUGAGAGAAACCUCCAGCUGGAACGGGCUCAGUCCCUGGUUAACCAGUUCUGGGAGACUUAUGAAGAGCUCUGGCCAUGGUUAACUGAAACAGAAAUGAUCAUCUCUCAGCUUCCUGCACCAGCCCUUGAAUAUGAAACUUUAAAGCAACAACAAGAAGAGCAUAGGCAACUGCGUGAGCUGAUCGCUGAGCACAAGCCUCAUAUAGAUAAGAUGAACAAAACUGGGCCUCAGUUGCUGGAGCUGAGCCCAGGAGAAGGUUUUUCUAUCCAAGAGAAAUAUGUGGCAGCUGACACCCUUUACAGUAAAAUUAAGGAAGAUGUCAAAAAGCGAGCACUGGCACUGGACGAAGCCAUUUCUCAGUGUACCCAGUUUCAUGACAAGAUAGAUCCAACUCUUGAGAGUCUGAGACGCAUAGUUGAACGUCUGAGGCAGCCACCUUCAAUCUCAGCAGAGGUUGAGAAGAUUAAAGAGCAGAUCAGUGAAAAUAAGAACGUGUCAGUGGAUCUGGAAAAACUUCAGCCAGUGUAUGAGACACUUAAACAGAGAGGGGAGGAAAUGAUUGCUCGCUCAGAAGGAGCUGAUAAGGAUAUAUCUGCUAAAGCUGUUCAAGAUAAACUAGACCAAAUGGUCCUCAUUUGGGAAGACAUCCAGACCUUAACUGAGGAAAGGGAGGCCAAAUUGUUGGAUGUAAUGGAACUAGCUGAAAAGUUUUGGUGUGAUCAUAUGGCUCUUGUAGCGACUAUUAAAGACACUCAGGACUUCAUUCGAGAACUGGAGGGACCUGGAGUUGACCCAUCUGUAGUCAAGCAACAGCAAGAAGCUGCUGAGGCUGCUAAAGAAGAAAUUGAUGGGCUACAAGAAGAACUAGAAACAGUUGUGAGCCUUGGCUCUGAACUUAGAGCUGCUUGUGGAGAGCCUGACAAACCUAUUGUCAACAAGAGUAUAGAUGAGCUGAAUUCUGCCUGGGAUGCCUUAAACAAAACAUGGAAAGAACGGGUGGAUAAGCUUGUUGAAGCUAUGCAGGCAGCUGUUCAAUACCAAGAUGGACUCCAGGCAAUAUUUGACUGGGUCGACAUUGCUGGCAGCAAGUUAGCAUCUAUGUCCCCAGUUGGAACAGAUCUGGAGACAGUGAAGCAGCAAACUGAGGAACUUAAGCAAUUUAAGACAGAAGCUUAUCAGCAGCAGAUAGAAAUGGAAAGACUGAACCAUCAGGCAGAACUAUUGCUGAAGAAGGUAACAGAGGAAAGUGACAAGCACACCGUUCAAGACCCUCUCUCAGAGCUCAAACUAAUGUGGGACAGCCUAGAAGAAAAAAUUAUAAAUAGACAGCACAAGCUGGAAGGUGCCUUGUUAGCCUUGGGGCAGUUCCAGCAUGCCCUGGAUGAGUUACUGACGUGGCUGACACAUACAGAAGACUUGCUGAAUGAACAGAAACCUGUGGGUGGAGACCCCAAGGCUAUUGAAAUUGAACUUGCCAAACAUCAUGUGCUACAAAAUGAUGUUUUAGCUCAUCAGUCUACGGUGGAAGCAGUUAAGAAAGCAGGAAAUGAUCUGAUUGAAUCAAGUGCUGUUGAAGAAGCAAGUAAUUUACAGAGCAAGUUGGAACUUCUGAAUCAGCGCUGGCAAAACGUGCUGGAAAAAACAGAACAAAGGAAACAGCAGCUGGACAGUGCCUUGAUCCAGGCCCAAGGUUUCCAUGGUGAAGUUGAAGAUAUGCAGCAAUGGCUGACAGACACUGAACGUCAGCUGUUGGCAUCAAAACCUGUUGGAGGCUUACCAGAAACGGCGAGAGAACAGCUUAAUACCCAUAUGGAACUUUGUGCUGCCUUUGAAGCCAAAGAAGAGACAUAUAAGCGUCUAAUGCAGAAAGGCCAGCAGAUGCUUGCAAGAUGCCCAGAGUCUCCUGAAACAAACGUUGAGCAGGACAUAAAUAACUUAAAAGAAAAAUGGGAAUCAGUACAAACAAAGCUCAGUGAAAGAAAAACCAAACUGGAAGAAGCCCUCAAUUUAGCAAUGGAGUUCCACAACUCACUUCAAGAUUUCAUCAAUUGGCUUACUCAGGCUGAGCAAACUCUAACUGCAGCUUCUCGGCCAAGUCUUAUCUUGGACACAGUAUUAUUUCAAAUUGAUGAACACAAGGUUUUUGCCACAGAAGUGAAUUCUCAUCGAGAUCAGAUCAUAGAGCUGGACAAAACUGGAACACAUUUGAAAUAUUUCAGCCAGAAACAGGAUGUUGUCCUUAUUAAGAAUCUGCUGAUUAGUGUACAGAGUCGAUGGGAAAAAGUAGUUCAGCGCUUAGUUGAAAGAGGAAGAGCUUUGGAUGAUGCAAGGAAAAGAGCCAAACAGUUCCAUGAAGCCUGGCACAAACUUAUGGAAUGGCUAGAAGAGUCAGAGAAAUCUUUGGACUCAGAUCUUGAAAUUGCAAAUGACCCUGACAAAAUAAAGAUGCAGCUUGCACAGCAUAAGGAAUUCCAGAAAUCUCUUGGUGCCAAACAUUCUGUGUAUGAUACUACAAAUAGGACUGGACGCUCUUUGAAAGAGAAAACCACCUUGGCUGAUGACAAUUUGAAACUUGAUGAUAUGCUGAGUGAACUAAGGGAUAAGUGGGAUACAAUUUGUGGAAAAUCAGUGGAAAGACAAAAUAAACUGGAGGAAGCCCUGUUAUUUUCGGGACAAUUUACUGAUGCUCUGCAAGCUCUCAUUGACUGGUUAUACAAAAUUGAACCUCAGCUGGCAGAAGAUCAGCCAGUACAUGGAGACAUUGAUUUAGUGAUGAACUUGAUCGACAAUCACAAGGUUUUCCAGAAGGAGCUGGGAAAAAGAACAAGCAGUGUCCAGGCUCUGAAGCGCUCUGCCAGAGAACUGAUAGAAGGCAGUCGUGAUGACUCUUCCUGGGUGAAAGUCCAAAUGCAGGAGCUAAGCACUCGCUGGGAGACAGUUUGCGCCCUGUCAGUAUCCAAGCAAACACGACUGGAACAGGCUCUUCGGCAGGCAGAAGAAUUCCACUCUGUUGUCCAUGUCCUUUUGGAGUGGCUGGCAGAGGCGGAGCAGGCUCUUCGUUUCCAUGGGGUUCUUCCAGAUGAUGAAGAGGCCUUGCGUACGCUGAUAGACCAGCACAGGGAAUUUAUGAAGAAACUGGAAGAGAAAAAGGCAGAACUGAAUAAAGCAACAGGUAUGGGAGAAGCUAUCCUAGCUAUCUGCCACCCAGACUCCAUCACCACCAUUAAGCACUGGAUAACAAUCAUCAGAGCCAGGUUUGAAGAGGUCUUAGCAUGGGCUAAACAACAUCAACAGAGACUGGCAGGAGCUCUGGCUGGACUUAUUGCUAACCAGGAAUUGCUGGAAGCCUUGCUGUCCUGGUUGCAGUGGGCAGAGACUACGCUUACUGAAAAAGAUAAAGAGGUUAUCCCCCAGGAGAUUGAGGAAGUUAAAGCACUUAUAGCUGAACAUCAGACAUUCAUGGAGGAAAUGACCAGAAAACAACCUGAUGUGGAUAAAGUUACAAAGACUUACAAAAGAAAGGCACUUGAACCCACUCCAGUACAAUCUCAUAUUCCUGUACUUGAUAAGGGGAGAGCAGGAAGAAAGCGUUCCCCAACACCAGGCAUAUAUCCAUCAGCAGCCCAGGCACAAAUUGAAACCAAGAAUCCACGGGUCAACCUUUUAGUCAGCAAAUGGCAGCAAGUCUGGCUUCUGGCUUUGGAAAGAAGAAGAAAACUUAAUGAUGCUUUGGACAGACUUGAAGAGCUGAGAGAAUUUGCCAACUUUGAUUUUGAUAUUUGGAGGAAAAAAUACAUGCGAUGGAUGAACCAUAAGAAGUCUCGUGUGAUGGACUUCUUUAGGAGGAUUGAUAAAGAUCAGGAUGGAAAGAUAACAAGGCAGGAAUUUAUUGAUGGAAUUCUUUCUUCAAAAUUCCCAACAAGCCGACUUGAAAUGAGUGCUGUUGCAGACAUUUUUGAUAGAGAUGGUGAUGGAUACAUUGAUUAUUACGAAUUUGUAGCAGCUCUUCAUCCAAACAAGGAUGCAUACAAGCCUCUCACAGAUGCUGACAAGAUUGAAGAUGAGGUUACAAGGCAGGUUGCUAAAUGUAAAUGUGCAAAACGGUUUCAAGUGGAACAGAUUGGGGAUAACAAGUACAGGUUCUUCCUGGGAAAUCAGUUUGGUGACUCUCAACAACUGCGCCUUGUUCGCAUCCUAAGAAGUACAGUCAUGGUUCGUGUCGGAGGUGGCUGGAUGGCACUUGAUGAGUUCUUAGUGAAAAAUGAUCCUUGCAGGGCUAAAGGCAGGACAAACGUGGAGCUGCGCGAAAAGUUCAUUUUGGCAGACGGUGCCAGUCAGAGCAUGGCAGCUUUCCGACCAAGGGGCCGUAGAUCACGACCCUCUUCAAGGGGUGCUUCUCCCAACAGAUCUACUUCUCUGUCAAGCCAAGCUGGCCAGGCAGCUGCCCCGCAAGCAGUUGCUACAAGUACGCCAAAGACACCCCAUCAUUUAACACGCAACUAUGGUAAGCCAUGGUUGACAAACAGCAAAACGUCAACUCCUUCUAAGCCACCAGAAUCCUCAGACCAUCAAGGGUCAUCUGCAGAGGGGACACCGAUUCAAGGAAGUAAACUCAGACUGCCAGGGUAUCUAUCAGGGAAGGGUUUCCACUCUGGAGAUGACAGCGCCAUCCUGUCAACAGCAGCUACCAGAGUUAGAGCUCAGUUUGCAGAAACCAGAAGAACUCCAAGCAGACCUGGAAGCCGAGCAGGAAGCAAGGCUGGCAGCAGGUCAAGUAGCCGCCGAGGCAGUGACGCAUCUGACUUUGACAUUUCAGAAAUCCAGUCUGUAUGCUCAGAUAUGUCAGAGACUGUUCCUGCUACAAGCAGACCGACACCCCGAGCAGGUUCUCGGCCAGGAUCAGCCAAGCCUUCUAAAAUUCCAACUCCCCAGAGAAGGCCACUAGCCAGCAAAUUGGACAAGUCCUUGAAGAGAUAAUAUGAUUGGCUCCGUAAAGGUCUUUUCCUUUUGCAUUAAGUAUUUAAGUUCGUAAGAUGUAAAAUAUUAUGUAGAAAUUAUUGUGAAAUAUCGCAAGAGGUGGAUUUUUAAUUCUGCAGAUGGCCUUAUUUGUGUAUUUGUCUUCUUAUUUUAUGUGUAUAAUUUUUGUCAGAUUUGUUUUUGUUUAUGCCAUAUCCUGUGAGAAGGGGGAAGAGUUUUAAUGUAAACUAACAGUUGUACACAGUGAUGUGUAGAAAGUACACUAAAAAAAAAAUUGCCGAAUGUACAGUGUACUGAAUGUACAGUAAGCCUCUGCAACCUGAACAAAAUAGGCCUAUCACUAUGUCAUUAGUUAACAGUAAAGGAUACCUCAUGAUUUUUCUUUAAAAAAGAAAAAGAGAAUACUAAAAAGCCAAAAGACACAAUUACACAUUUUGAGCUAACGAAACAAACACUAAAGGAUGUACGUCAAAACUUCUAAGGAAUACAAACCCACAUUCACAGUACCCUUAUUUAUACAGCAUCUCUCGGAGAACUCACAGAGUUAAUUAAGCACUCGCCAGUAAUAUGAUACUCCAAUACCUUGCAGCGUUUCUGUGCCAUUGCUUUCAAGGAGGCCAGACACAUUCUGGAUACCUGAACUAUUAUUCUGUAAGGAUACCAAUAUAAAGUGCAUUCAUGUAAAUGUGAGGUUUUCUUUUGCUUGAGUGGGUGGUAGCACUGUAUCAUUGAACUCAUUUUGUAUCAAAGCAAUUUUGCUUGCAGAAAGCUCCGAAAUAAACAUGUCCCUUAACUUUAUUUCUAUUGUAUUUCUUAUUUCACAGGAAGAUAAUUUUCUGCGUUAUGUUUUAGGGCAUAUAUUGUU